CGCACCGUAUGCUACGGUGCGAUUUAAAACACGCACAAAUCGUUCGCCGCGACUCUCUAAUGCGCGUGGUGCGCACGCGUGCGCAGGUGGGCUGCUGCGGCGCCGACGGCCCCAGCGACUACCUGUUGCUGCACCAGCCGCUGCCCAGCGAGUGCCGCGACUCCGUCACCGGCAACGCCUUCUUCUACGGCUGCGUCGACGAGCUCACCUGGUUCUUCGAGGAGAAGAGCGGCUGGGUCUGCGGCCUCGUCAUGACGCUCUGCGCCAUCCAAGUAAUCAACAUCGUGCUGUGCACUGUUUUGAUACAUGCAUUGAAAACCGAAGAAGAUUUGGACCAUGAACAGUACGUGUACAAGCCCACUACCACCAGAAGUUUGUAAGCAACAGUAGCAGAACUAUCUUCGUCUGCAAAUUGAAAAGGCGCAGAACUUUGUAGUUUACCUUUAAAAUGUUGAGUGUACGAGAUGUAUUAACAAACAAUAAAGAAACUCUGCAGACAUCAAUAUCUAAAUAAAUAAAAAGAAUGGUGAAAAACAUUUUAUUGGCUCAUUAAAACCAGUACAUAAGUGUUUUGGCACAGUAUCAUCAAUAUUCUGCUAAUAAGGUUACUCUUAUGUACAUUUUGAAAUAAUUUUACGAUUUUUUUCCAAGGGUAUAUUUUAUUAAUCCCAGAGAAUUACCGUGAAUUAUCACGAACAAUAAAGCUAAGGAAUUACUAGGAAUUAACAGGAUAACUAAAGCUAAAGGGUAGAUACACUGAUGAAUUUACCUUAAACAACAAGAUUUUAACAAACGACUUGUCAAUAUUUGCUUCUAAUAAAGCAGAUGUAUUUAUUUCGGUAACAAUGAGAAGUAAAAGGUUCUAGGUAUCGUCGACCGUCACAUUCAACUCCUCAUUUUGGUUAGUGUUCCCCACAAAUUCCUUUGGAACAACGAUUAUAAAACAGUUCCCAUAUAAUCUUGUUCUUGCUUGGACAGAACACUUGCAAAUCAUUGUUGCUUGAGCUUCUGAUUCAUGGGUAGUGUUAUGGAUAAUAUGACCGUACGUAUUAUACAUAGAUACUGUUAUGCUUUCGACAAAGCUAACCUUUGUUUAAACGACUACUGAACAAAAAUUGGCAGAUAACGAAUCAGAACAGUAUUGAUUCAAACAACCAGUCACCACACCUCAAUUCCAAUUGAAUGUACUAACCGCGACACGACAGUCACAUGGAAAGAGUGAUGGGGACAGUUUUUGAAAAUCCUUGCCACAAACUGGGUGAAUCCUUAGCUUUAGCUUUCUAGGAUUAAAGAAUAACUUAAAAUCUAAAUUCCCUGUCAGAUUUUCACCAACAUCAAAAUUGAUCAUUCUGCUACUGGUCUUUCGUCAAGUGUGGUUUGAAUUAUAUGUAAAAAGACAUUCUUUAAAAGAACCUAAUUUUAAAAAACGCUAAUAUCACAAGGAAAAUAUCAAUGAUUAGCAACGUAUAAGUCAUCAAAAACAAAAGUGUAGUAGAAUUUUUUUCAUUAUUUGAAAAGUAAUUUAUUUCUUUAUACAUCUGUUUCAUGAACGUUACCAGAAAGCAGCGUUAGCAGCAAAAUUAUCAUCUGAAUUUUACUUGCAGUCAGCACCACCAAAACUGUUCGUGAAAUGUUAACUGAUAAAAAAAUCGAUGACAAAACUGCACAUUCUAGAACAGAAAUAUCUCAAUUGUGAAUAAAAAAUAAAAAUGAUGAAACAGAUGACAGAAAAAAAUAUUUCGAUACAUUUCAAUAUUGUGUUGAAGCAACUUCAAUACACAUUCUCCUUUUUUAAUUUAUAAACAAGUUUUACUAAUGAAGUAAACACAAGCUCCACAGAAUAUGGACCACACUCAAGGUCCAUGGUCAAGAACAAUGAAAUUUCUUUGAUUAUAAGGGGUUUCUGAGAUAUGAGUACCUAGAACGACGUGAAAUGUUCGUGUGAGUAUCUCCUUCAUUUAAGUCAAUAAUGUGUGUUGGUCUCCAAAUGAGCGAUAAAUUAAAACAUUGUACAGUCAUUAAAAUAUUAAAUAAAAGCCAAUUAGAUUUUAUAUUGCUUUUAUACUUAAGGAUAAUAUAACUUUGUAAAAUGUAG